GGCCCUGCCCCUUAGCUUAGAUCACAAUUUGAGAACCUCUGAGUUAGGGGUUCGGGGGUAAACGUGCGCCUGAAAGAUGGCAAUUUUCUUAUUGUCUCUCAAAUAGGAAGAGUGGUACCUUACACACGAAUUUUGAUGUUACUUUAAUUGAAAAAAAAUGACUGAAGUGAAGAAAGAUGACGUCGUUAAAAUUUUACAUACGUAUCCUUUAUGCAGAAAAUGCGAUAUGUCGGACGAAAUGAAACAAGAAGCAAUGGAAUUGUGCGUCACCGCCGCGGAAAAAUAUGCGGAUAAUUACGAAAGCGUUUCACGAAUGAUCAAAGAGACGAUGGAUAAAAAAUUCGGCGCUUCGUGGCACACGGUCGUGGGCGAAGGCUACGGAUUUGAAAUAACUUAUCAAUUGAAACACCUGUUAUACAUGUAUUGCGCUGGGAAUUUAGCGAUAUGCAUAUGGAAAUCGGCAUAGUGAAAUUAACGAAAAUUUUAAAACAUCUUGAAUAUAGAAACAAUCGUACAAAUCGUGUCUUUAUGAUUUCACGAACAGAUUACUACUUUAUAUAAGACAAUUUUCGUUUGAAGUAAUAACUAAAGCUAGCAUAUUAAAAAAAAAUUGUACAAAAUAGAUUUUCUCAAAAUCGUAAUUGAUAACGUAUAUAUUGACGAAUUGACAUUUACCAUGUACUAACAAGACAAAAAAAAAAGUAUAAAUUAAAGCAUUAAACGCGAAAUCAAUGAAAAGAAUUUUAUACUUUUUCUACAAAUAAAAAUGUACAAUAUAUAUAGACAAGAUGAAUAUAGUUAUUUUACUGUUCAUUUUAUUUUUAAAAUAACUUUAUAGCAUAUUAAAUAAUUUGUUUUUAUUUGUGUUAUUGUUUAAUAAUAUUUUUUUAUGGAGUUCAAUUUAGUCAUAAUAUUUAUUUGACUAUAUAAAAUGUAAAUUAUUUUGUAUAAACUAUGUAAAAAAUAUUACUAUUAUGUGUCCAUGGUUUGUAUGUAGUACAAUUCAUACACACAAAAAUUGUGCAAGUAUAAAUAUGUGUAUAAUUUUUAUUUACAAAAUUUAUUGUUUAUGUCCUUUAUGCAAAAGUGUUUACCUCGAUUGUUGUGUAAUGUUAAAUGUGUAAAAUAUAAUCUAUUGUGUAUAAAUAAUUCUAUUAAAAAUGUAUCAUUGGUACAUAAAUGCCCAUAUACCUUUUCUAAUGUAUUAGUUCUA